AUGACUGGUUUGAACACUAAGCUUAUCCAUGGCGACGACGACACGUUCAACAGGGUGCCAGACAUUAUCCAGCCAAUCAAUGUUGCCUCUACAUUCGAGUACAAUUCAGAUCCAGACAAGCUGGUGAAGGCUAAGGAUCAAAAAAUUUCUGAGGCCAGCGAGGUCCAUCCCUUCUACUCGCGUAUUUCUCACCCAAACUCACUCAAAGCUGAAGCUGUCCUGAGCACUGUUUUAGACGGACAUGUCGUGGUUUACAAUUCGGGCUUAUCUGCCUUUUUUGGUGCAUUGACCCACUUUAAUCCAAAGGUUUUGGCUAUUGGAAACGGAUACCAUGGAUCUCACGGGGUGGCCAACCUGUUCACCAGACUCAAUGGUCUAAAGCAAGUUUCGUUGGAGGAGUACGACAAGCUUGGUCCUGGAGACAUUAUUCAUGUGGAGACCCCUGAAAACCCAUACGGUACUGCCCACGAUCUUAGUUUCUAUGUUGCCGAGGCCCACAAGAGGGGUGCCAUUGUCAUUGCUGACGCCACUUUUGCUCCACCUCCUCUACAGAAUCCGUUUGAGUUUGGCGUGGAUCUGGUUCUACACUCCGGAACCAAGUAUUUCGGUGGUCAUUCCGAUUUGCUUGCGGGUGUUCUCGUUACCAAAGAUAUCAAAGUCAAACACGCAUUGAUUGGCGACAGAUCCUACUUGGGAACCAAUAUCUCAAACCUGGACAGCUACUUGUUGCUGAGAUCUCUCAGAACUUUCGAGAUCCGGGUCUUGAAGCAGAGCAGCAACGCUGAAAAGAUUGUGCAAUACUUAUCUGCUAACAAGGACAAAUAUCCUGUCCUCAAAAACAUCUUCCACUCGUCUUUGCAAAAGGAGGCUUUUGUCUCCAAACAGCUGAAGCAUCACGGUCCAGUGUUUGCCAUUGAGUUGACCUCUUCAGACUCUGCCAAGAGACUUCCUUCCAAGCUGAAAUAUUUCCAUCACGCUACUUCCCUUGGAGGUGUUGAGUCGAUCAUCGAGUGGCGUGCAAUGUCUGACCCUGGAAUAAGCGAGACUAUCUUGCGUAUCAGUGUUGGAAUUGAGGACGUGGAGGAUCUCAUUGCCGACUUGGACCACGGUCUAUCUAGCUUCAACUAA